AAGCCACGAGCGGAAGUGCGUGGCAUGGACGAGCUCCCAAGGCAAAGCAAAAUGUUCGGGAACUGACUUUGAGUAAUGUUCCUCUCUAGCUUAAACUGACAUCGCUGUUUUGCCUCCAACAUCAGCAGCGGAAAACUGAUCGGGUUCAUGUGAUCUUCUUCUUUCCAAAGGGACUUCAAUAGACCAGUAGAAGAGACAAUGUUGGAGUAAAAUUCAACAUAACGUUGCCGCGGCUGCCAACUGAAGCCCUGUGCGUUAGUGUACCAUAGCACUGAAGCACGUAUUAGGACGAGACGACGGAGAACCAAGGUAGUGAUGUCAAAGUCAACAAGGGAAAGUUGAGAUGGUCGAAUUCUGCAUUUAGAUGAUACCCGGGAAAUGGUAAGCAGAGUCACUUCUGCCACAAGAAUCGUGUUUUCCUUCGCCGCUUAAGACCUUGCGCCUGGAGAGUUAAACAAUCUUAUUCAGGAAGAGAUAUUCAACGCGGGGACGUGGCGAGCCCGUCUGUUAAAGGAAUCAGCAAGGCCACUGAUGUUGUAUGCAUUAGGUGAAAACUGGUGGUAUGGCGAUGCUUUUCCAGAAGCAACUGAAGCUUCUUUGAACUCUAUGGACAUGGCGGUAUCAAGAUUUCUGUCACUAAAACGAUAGCCCUCUGCAAGCCUGACUGAUGGAAAUUGUGUGGACCCGGAGGUCUGGAAAGAAUUGUUAACAACUCCAGUGCAUCGAGACGCACCAGGCAGCAACGAUGAAGACCCACGGGCUGCCGGUCUCGCUGUUUGUCUUAGCCUUCACAGGCACCCUGCUGCAAGCUAUACAUGGAUACCCCGACAAAGUAACCAUAGGUGCGUUUUUUGAAGAGCCAACGAUUGCAGAAGAAACAGCGUUUAAAUAUGCGGUCGACCAGAUCAACAGAAACAGCAGCAUACUCCCGGGGGUCAAACUCCUUUACAAGAAGGAAGUUAUGGACAGGUCUAACCCAUUUCUAGCGACCAUCAAAGUCUGUUCGUUGAUGACCAGCCAGAUAGCAGCACUUGUCAGUAUCACCAGCCAAUCAACAAACAGUGUUCUCCAGUCCAUGACAAACACCAUGACCCUGCCACAUCUUUACGUCCCGAGGCCUUCCUGUAACUGCAAGGUCCUCGAGCCGAAAGGGUACAGCCUCAGCAUGAGACCUAGGCAAUCACAACUCGACCAGGCGUUAUUGACAUUAAUAAAACAGCAACACUGGAGAAGCAUAGUUUUGAUAUACGACGAAUCUUACGAUUUUGACAGACUCCAGACGUUAAUAAUUGAGGGCACGAGUCAUUCAUGGGAUAUGCUAAUACUGAGAGUAUCUUCGAGAGAAGAAUUGAACAGCAAAAAAUUCCGGAAGAAGCUAAGGUCCAUCGACGAAAGGAACUUCAGAUACAACAACGUAGUGGUGUUGUGUUCCCCUGAUACAACUGUUGAAGUUUUGUACCAGGCAAAUGAAAUGCACAUGGUCGGGAACCAGUAUCUCUGGGUGAUCGCUAAUGAGGAAAUAAGUGAUCGACAUUUGGACAGCAUCAAUAUCACCACUGGCAUGAUCACUGGCAUCAGGAAGAGAAUACCAACGGAAGGGUACCACUUAAACGGCUACCUGGCACAUCUUCAGAAAACGCAUCCUGGAUACUCGCUCAGCUUUCUCUUUCCUACGUUACAAGACUUUCCGCUAUCAGCGGCGUACAGCUACGAUGCAGUUUGGGCUCUGGCAAGGACCUUUGACAACCUCAUCAGAGAGAGGAACUGGACAGCCGCAACUCCAUUAAUCUGUCAUAAGCCUACUCCAUGGCUGGGUGGAAAGAACCUUCUAGGCUCCUUGCGUAGGAACAACAUGUCAGGCCUCAAUGGACCGGUGCACUUUAACGGCGAAGGAUACAACGACAAUGCCGAGAUGGAGAUUCUAAGUCUGACGACCAACGACGAAAAUAUCACUAAAUUCUGGGCGAUCGGGACCUGGAACGUACAGGGAGGCUUGAAUCUGACUGAGCCGGCGUUUACCAGGGAGAUACACAGCUUUGAGAACACCACUCUCACUGUGGUUACUCUUACGGAGAAACCGUUCAUAUUCAAGGACAUAGCUGAAGAUGGGCCACCAGUCUUUAGGGGGUUCCUCAUUGAUGUACUCAACGAACUGAAGACGCAGUUAAAGUUCAGCUACACCAUUUUCGAAACACCGGACCAAAAGUACGGAGCUAAAAAGGAAGAUGGGGAGUGGAACGGAAUGGUGGGGCAGCUCGUACAAAAGAGAGCACACAUUGCCGUGUCAGCCCUUACCAUAACAUCAGAGAGAGAAGACGUAGUGGACUUCACCAAGCCGUACAUGGAUUACGGAGCAACGAUUCUCCUCAGGAAGCCUGAACAGAAAUACAACGUUUUCGCCUUCCUGGAGCCAUUCAACUUCCAAGUGUGGGCGUGCAUCCUUGGGUCCAUCCUGAUAGUAGGGUUUAUCCUGUACAUCCUGAACAGGAUCAGCCCCUACAGCUCCUUCGGGACGGACGAGCCUGAUGCUGACGCCUUUAACCUGUCCAAUAGCGUGUGGUUUGCGUAUGGGUCUCUAGUUCAACAAGGUGGUGAAUCGAACCCCCGUGCAUCGUCGGGCCGCAUGUUGAGCGGCUUCUGGUGGUUCUUCACCCUCAUCAUGAUCUCCACCUACACCGCCAACCUCGCGGCUUUCCUCACCGUCACACGGAUGGACACUCCCGUCAGAUCAGUCGAUGAUCUCGCCGCCCAGACAUCCAUGCCCUACGGGACCGUAGAAGACAGUAGUCUGUACACGUUCUUCAAGACUUCUAAGAUAGGCGUGUACGAACGGAUGUGGGACUUCAUGAACAACUCCAACACAUUCGUCAAUACGGUCGAGGCUGGGUAUGAUAAGGUCUUAUCGGAGGAGUAUGCUUUCAUUUGGGAAAACCCUUCCUUGGACUAUCUGAAGCUGACUAACUGUGACUAUACCACCAUAGGAAGACCGUUCAAUAUGAAAGGUUAUGGGAUUGCGCUGCAAGAAGGCAUGAGCUUAAGAGAUCAGCUAUCUAUCAGCAUCCUGAAGAUGCAGGAGUCUGGAAAGAUGGACGAGUUAAAGGGGAAGUGGUGGCCGUCAGAGAACGCAAACUGCCCUGCCGAGUCUUCCUCACAGAAGAGCAAGGCUAGUGAGUUGGGCCUGAACAGUGUAGCAGGGGUGUUCUAUGUGCUAGCUCUGGGAGUCGGGAUUUCCAUCGUCAUCGUCCUCAUAGAGAUCAUCUGGUGGCUGCUGCGGGGGGAGGGGAAGCUGAAACGACCGAAGCCGAAGAAUGACAAGAUCGUCUUGGAAGAAGUCGAAAGAAUUGAGAUCAAACACAUCCCGAACGACUCGACAUCGAGCAACGGCAAAAGGAAGAUAUGGACUCACGUAGGCAAUAGCGUGUAGAAAACCUCCGGUGAUUUUCAUGUGGAAGUAUGUAAUGUAACAUCCCUUUUGUGCAAUCCCAAUCCCACUUUCCUACUCCAUCUUUUUCACACGAGUGUAUAUACGAAAGGACAAGAAAGAGAUUUCCCAAAUGCGGCAUACAGAAGACGUUACCAAGAUAGACUGAUGUAGUAUCAAGAAGGCCAGAUUAUUGUGAUGUCAAGAGGGUCAUCAAGUUACUACACAGAGAAUUAAUGCUAGUGAUUUUCAAAGUAAAAAGACAGCAAGUCUAAUAAAGUAAGUUAGUCUCUACCAGACUCCCUGGGUUGUUGGUAAGGCCCUCUUUCCACUAGAAGGUGAUCGCGAUGCGCUCUCUCUGCGACCUAAAUAGGACAUGUGUAACCUUCUCUUUCACACUGGGUAUAUCAAACAAAACGUAAAAGUGUGACUGAGAAGUAAACAAAACACACAAAGUAUAAAAAGAGCCGUUUCUUUUCUAUACAAUUUGUUGAGCGAUAUGUCAAAUCUUAGGUCGUAGAGAGAGCGGCGAGAACGCCGUCCUGGUGGAAAGGGAGUAUAAGAUAGGCUGACUGAUGAGGCAGUUACCGGGUCAUAGAGUUACACAUACACAACCCAGGCGUCUGUCGGUAACCGCUGAGACAGGCGGCAAAUCAGACCACUUCUAAUCGUCAGAAAAACGCAUUAUCUUGUAAUAAUCAUUAUCAGAUUAAUUCAUACACAUGCGAUAUACAUUGUGGUAAAGGUCGAAAUCAAAUGACAAAACUAAACACGUCUAGACAUUUAUGAAACAUGGUCGAGACAAGAACGGUUUACAAUUUAUAGACGUAACGUUACGCCUUUACCCACAAUGCAUUUUGGUGUGCAUGCGUACUUAGAAUCAUGAGCCUUCUCACUCAUUGCGCAAUAAACCACUGAUUGUCUGUAUACGGACCCUGAAAAAUUCUGUUAUCUUAAAAACAGACAUGUAGCAGCAGGGCGCUCAAAAUGAAACGAAACAAUCAAGAAUAUCAAAACACAAGUAGUGAAUAGUUCUAUUGCUGGCUGACUCAUCUGACAUAAUAUUAAAUCGAUUUGGAAAAUCUGUAGCAUUUUGCCGGCAACGCAAAGAGUCUGGAUUAGAAAAAAAACGUAACAAUACAGCUGCUUCAAAUUGUAAGAAGUGUAUAUCAGAACUACAAUGUGAUCUCUGCAUGACUGCCAACGGUAUUUAGCAUAACACAAAUUGUGUCCAAUAUGUUGCCAAAUGUACAAUCCAUUUUACAUCUGAGAACAACUAUCAGCCACAGCUAUAGCUGGACGUAGACUGUAAUUAUGAUACCGUGUUUAAGGAAAACCUGUCACGUAUCUCUAUUCACGACUCUACAAAGGGUUUUACUAAUUACGGUAACAGCUUGAAAUGACAGUACGUAAAAUGGCACAAAACUAGAGCUUGUACAUUCUGCCAAGGAACCGAUAAUAUACAUAGCAAAAUCCUCAGAUAUGGUUUAGUACACAAGCUAUAAUACGAUAAAAACAUUGCUACAAUAGAAUGAUGCACUAGAAGAUGUUGAUCUAGAUUUUUCAGCUUUGAUUGGUAAAAUUGAUCUUUUGGGCUUUUAGGAUAUCCUUACUCACGAUAUAGGAGGGAUAAUGUACGCUUAGAUUAGUAGCACCGGAGGCUGGUACUGUCGAUAAAUGUAGAACCAAUCCACGCUGUAUUUUAGUGAGUUAAUUAGUUCUGAUACAUCAGUGUUAUUUAUGAUCAAACAAGAUUCAUAGAACAUGUUUCUGAAACAAUAUUGCGUGAAAAAGUAUGUCUUGUGUGCUUUUGUAUUUCAAUAAUUGUCAACGCAAAACGUGAUUAAUCAGUUAAACAGGGACAUAAAAUUGGCAGAAAUUCAAGCAUCUGAUACAAAAAGUUAAUUCACUGCCUCUGCCAAUUCAAGGUUCCAAGAAAAUUUACAUGAAAAGGGUAAUUAGCGAUUCAAUGCACAAGAACUUAUCUCUGAAUGCGAAUUUUAUUUUUAUUGUUCAUGAAUUCUGCUUUACAUAUGCUUUCUGAGUACUAGAUAUGUGCUUAGAGAUGAGGCUUCAUGUAUUGAUUUGCUUUUGGGGAUGAAAAAAUAGCACACGAAUUUUCAGUUCUGAACUUUCAUCAAAUAUUCAAAAGUUGCCUAUGGCUUCAUAUUAAAAUAACUGCUGUAAACAUGUCGGUGCAUUAUAACAUACUAAGUGAAGCAUGUUCGUUAUAUCAUUGUGAUUCUUGUCUGACCUGUUUCACAGUACGGUAAAUAUAAUACCCUGAUCAACUGCUGUGAAAAAGCAAUAAGUCGUCUCGUCUAUCUCCAUGGCCUCGCAAAAUUUGUGCAUGGCAUAUCGCUGGGGAUUAUUACUGAAAUCCCAGACAACGCAGCCGGAACUUUCAUAUCAAGGCAAAUCCGACGCCUGGUCGAACAGCGAAACAAAUCUCUCUGUGAGGCUUUUCUUUACAUUAAGAUUGCCACUUUGGCUACGGAGUAAUUUCGCAAGGGGAUCAAACAACAGGGGGCAUAGGCCGCCAUUUGGACAUUUUCUGAUCCACUCUAACGUCUGCUAUAUCACUGGAACUGUAUUGUGGCUGUUAUCAAAUCCUUUUCUCAUCUGAUGGGCCCCACAGGACUUAGUAAAUGCAUGCCCUUUUGGUAAGGAAGAGACUACGGACGUGUCUCUCAUUCCAAAGAUGGCUCUAGGGUAUGCUGUGUGUGAAAAGCUCGAUGUUUGCAUGCGUUCCAUGCACAGAGGAUGAUUAUGAGGACUAAUGCAUUGAUAAUAAGUUUUUCAGACAUGCUGAUUCUAAAUUUGCUAGUCACUGUAAUUAUAAUAUCAGUGUACAGAAUACAUAGCAGUGACUGCAACACUACGCUGUUUAGUGGUAAAGGCACCUAAAAAAUAACAGCAUUUUCCAUGUACUAUUUAUUACAACCCUGUGGAGAUUAUGCCCGUCGCUUUAUCUUUAAGCUACCGCACUUUCUCGGCGCUGGCGCAUUGUAAAAAAAAAAGAAAUAGAAGAAACGUAGACGCUUACCAUGGCCAACUUGACGUAUUUCUGCUGUAUAGCUUCUAUUUCCUCUGUCAGAGAUUGAGUGACCUGUCCAUACCAUAUCUAUGUACUAAGUAGCAUGAUAAGGACAGGUGUAUGAUCUUCACAAAGCAUACACGUAUCUUACGGGGUGAUUUGUGACCUAGAGCUCGUCAUGCCUUUGCUGGAGCUGAGUGUAUAUAUGUAAAAUGUACUUCAAACGGUAGGAUGGAAAGGAUAGACAAUGUACAGGGCAUCUUUCAUACGAGUUUAUGUAUGUAUGUGUCUGCUCAAUACUGUGUUAUUCUCGUUUGCAACUGCCAGGCCCUUGCCUCAUGUACUAGGUCUCUUGUCCGUUUGUAGAUGUUCUGCCUUAACUAUUUCAUAAAUCAGUGUAUAAAGAC